AUGACGGCGAAUGCGUCGGAACUUCCGGGUCAAGAGGCAGCUCCAUUCUCCUUGACGAUGGAGGUAGAGGAGGAUGUCGAGCUGGAAAUCGAGACUUUCGUGCGGUUCAAGCGACGGGGAGAAUACGAGCGAGCUGAGGAAAUCUUCCAGCAAACGCUUUCAGCACAUCUUUCCCUAUUUCCAGUCAUUGCCGAGUACGCCGACUUGCUCUUAGUGCAAGAGAAAUAUCGAAUGCUUUCAGAGUUUUUGGACAUUCAGAUCCAAUAUAUGGAGCCUGUGCUUGAAGAAGAGGAAGUUGAGCUGCUGCGUAUCAUGAGAUCUCUGGCCCAUCUCUAUACUGAAGGCUCAUUGCGGUCGGCUUUGAAACAAGCCAAAGCAAGCUGGGAUUAUAUGUACAGUCGGAGUACUAAAAUUCCUUUUGGUACACUUCCUGGCGAUGUCGAGAUUCACAUCUUCGAGCUCUACAUCAGAAUCAUGGUCUUUGCCUUAAAAAAUUCCAACUGGGUAACGCUGGACAAGAUGAAAUGCCCGUGGGCCCUCGAAGAAUCACCCCAUUGCGGCUUUGUGCGGUGGUAUUCGAUCUUAUCAUCCAAUGGUCAUAUUUGGAGUGCGUCUCAAGUACUCGUUCUUCUUUUGGAGGCUCUGCCAUUGUUCAGCUCUUUGGAUGGCUCGGUUCUCUUUGACAAGCAUUGCUUUGGGGAGAUACCAAGCGAAGAAGCUCUCUGCGAAUUCCGUGAGUUAGAUUGGGUGAUCGCAUGUUCCGUGUCUUUCAGCCGGGCACAGGCUCUCCUCGAUCUGACGUUGAUACUAUAUCCCAACAAUGACAAGUGGAGAGGGAUCUUCGAGGUGGCACUUGGCUACCAUCAAGCUGCCAAAUUCUUGACUACAAUCACAUCUCGUCACGACAUGCGCAGUCUUCCCUGCUUCAAGUGCUACGUUCAGGGAAUCCAGUUUGAGCGCGUGCAAGAAACACUCAUCAACCAAGGCCCUGCAGAUUCUUUUCUGCCGGUUUCCCAUCCAAUGAAAUGGAUGACCCAGAUCUGGGAUUUGAUCCAAGUUUUAGAGGGUCGGUUUCGGGAUAGCCUACAGAACAUUAUCUCUGGCAAGAAGUCUGCGUUUGGACAGUUCGCAGACCUAAGACUGCUCGUACCUGGAAGUUUUGAUAUUCCAGCAUAUAUCCGAGCCGUGCACACAAUCCAGAAGACUUUAGCCGUGCAACCCUGCGAGUCACGUCAGGAACUCCUGCUCAGCAAUUCAUAUUUCGAGGAGAAGAUAAAGGUUCUACUAGAGCCUGUGUCGAUGAUCAGCCUCAGUGAACUUGUUGAGCUUGCUGACUUGGUCCUGGUUAAGACGCGGAAAUCAAUUGGAGCAGAUGAAUCUGCCACAGAAAUUAAACAGAUAGCCACCGACCAGGCAGGGAAGCUAAGCCAUGACCCUUCAUUCACUCGUAAAAGCCCAACCCCCAAUAUUGAUGCGGCCAUGGAGGCUGGGGCCAAGCACGGAGGUGCAUUGGCAGAGAGCUCUAUCAAAGCAUCCUCGCAACUUCCAGGGGAAGCCUUUUCAAACUUGCAAAAUUCGAUCCAAUCACCACUCACGGGCAACUAUUCCGCGAGAGAUCAGACUCAAAAAACAGCCAAAGAGUCCGCCAACGAUGAAGUCUCCAUUUCCUACAUCGAGUUCUGCAAGGGAUUGCGUGCAGAUCUCAAGAAAUGUUUUGAGCAGUGCGAUAGAACUACCCCUAAGUUCGCUCCACGUGGAACUGCUGAGACGCUUUUGCGUGGUCUCAAGCUGCUCCAAUUUUUCAACUGUCUCUCUUUACCCGAGGUUGCCAUUCAGGCUCUGGAUCCUCCUUACGAAGAAACCCUCGCAAGAAGGUUGAGUGAGAAACGUCUUCAUGACUUUUUGGCUAUUUUGAUAUAUUCUGAGUGCGAAAUCGAAGCUGUCCAACAUUUUGUCAUUAACCUUCUCGUAAGAGAGUCAUGGGCAGCAGAGAGAUGUUCUCUCCCGACGAGCGGAGAGACUCUCAUGGAGUUGUUUGAGGAUACGAUUGCCACGGACAAAUUUCUCACCCAACAAGCAAUAUUUUGCCCUGCUGUCCUUGUGGUAGGGAUGGAAGUUUUAAUUCCAAAUGUCGAGGGACGAAGACUUCCCUAUGUAAAGGAGCAAAUUAUAGGGAAAGGUUCUUUCGGAACAGUCUUCAAGACUGCUAUCGCGGAAGGUCAUAUCCAUGAUCCGUACUUCAACGAUUUCACCAGAUGGACCACUCAAGUUGCAAGGAAAGACUUCAAUAUCAGGACUGAUUUGGAAUCCCGGCGUUCAACAGCAGCUCACGAAAUUAUGACGACAAUUCUUUCACUUCGCAAGGAAAACGAUAAUGUUCUUACCAGCUUGGGAGCUUUUUGCAUUGGCUCGUUGACUUACAGCCUCUUUAUGCCGCUAGCUACCUACAACCUCGGGCAAUACAUGAUGGUUUCUCAACCGAUGAGACCAGAUUCGAGAAAUCAGAGAGUAGCCUUCAUUAAAAAUGCCCAGGGCUUGGCAAAUGGACUUGACUUUUUACACACUAGAUUGAAGACAAAGGAAGGGGAUGACCUUGUCUGCUACCAUGUGGACUUGAAACCUGAAAAUAUCCUCCUCAUUUUCUCCGAGAAAACCCCCGGGGAUGACAUUUGUACCUGGAAAAUCAGCGAUUUUGCGAUGUCAUAUGUGAAGUAUCGACGUCAGGGCGAAGAGCAAGGCACUGUGAUAGACUUAAGAAGCCGAUUCACUCGCAAUCUGGAGCAAAAUUCGCAGGACUCUCCAGCUUCAAGAGCCGAAGGCCGGCUAGGCGAAGCCACAUGCCUUGCACCGGAGUGCAUGGAAACCUUUCCGAUUAUCAGUACCAGUAGCGAUGUCUGGUCCUUGGGCUGUGUGAUCAGUAUUGUGUUCACCUAUCUGGACGAUGGCGCGCAGGGUGUAACCAAGUAUGCUGCAAAGCGAGCAGCUCACUCAAAAGCCAAUGGGUGCGAUCGAUUUUUCAUUCGAGGCAGAAACAACCCUCGACCUCAUCCGGCGAUCAAGACUUGGCACAGCCAGCUCAUCAAAAGAGCAAAGAAUCGAAGUAGGGGUGAAGGAAAAGAAGUGGAAUUGAUUCUACGUUUCCUAGAGAAUGAUGUGUUCCAAGAGCAGUCAAAACGGUGUGAUGCUCGAAGUCUUGAGCAAAAGUUGUCCAAAGCAUUGGGUACGUAUGAAGAGUUGGAGCUGUCCAUAGAUCAAGGAAGGCAUUCGAGAUGA